GUAGCAUAUGAUCAUCUCUGAAAUGUUUUGACAGAACGCUGUGACCAACCAACCACGUGAUGAUGUAUAUAACGUACGUUGAUGUUGUAAUGUGUGUGGUUCAGUGUAUCAUGAAAUUCGUUUUGCGAAGUGAAAUGGUUGUAUAUAUUUUCACGUUGAUUAACUUUUGUUCGUUGCUUACACUUGCUAGGGCCGAUGAAAUGGAUAAAUUUGACAGUAGUCGAUGUACCCUUCUGCUACAGGAUUUUGCGAGACUUACGUCAAAUUUUACGUUUUGUGCUAUAAAUUACUCCCGGCCUAUAACAUUGUGCGAGACAUGCAUUAAAGAGUAUUUGCAAGUAAUAGAUGCCCACACUAAGAUACUGGAGAUGAAAGAUGAACAUGGUGAAAAAUGCAAAACGAAGCUGAUCAAUCAAGACCGCUUGGAAGUUAUAUAUAGUGCAUACCACUAUGUUUCCAACCUCUGGUCAGAUGCAAGUUGUGAUAGUUGUUUUGUGAAAAUGAGCAAUGGCAGCCUUACCCAAGAACUGUCAAACACCACAGUUGAAUUUCAGCAUCUCCACGAUAAAACACACAAAUGUUUUCUAGAUCAUUAUUAUGUGACAAAUAAAACAUUUGACAAAAAUGUAUGUUCAGACUGUGAAAAGUCGUAUUGUGAGAUGAAUGAUUACUAUGAUCGUCUCAAGAAAGAACAGGAAAUGGGAGUCUGUGUGGAUAUUGUUGAUACUAUGAACAGAACACGUUCCUUCUGGAGUGGAAGACUGGGUUGUGAUAGAAAGAAUCAUUCAGUUGAUGUGUAUCUGGUGUGUCUGUUUACACUUAUGGCAAUAAUACCUGUAAUAUUUUACACAUCUUUGCGGUCUCUGGUUAGGAAGACAGAACACAAACUACUUGUUCAGAAGCGGUUGGCAGAGCAUCUAAGCAGGCCAUCAACAAGUACAGCUGCUACCUGAUGAUACAAUGACAUUAUCUAAUGUUAAUGUACCAAAGAUUGUUGUUACUUUUAUAAUAGCUGUUAUGUUCAUAUUUGAAGCUGUGAUUUCAUUCUUUGUAUGUUAUCUUCUAAGGUUACAUGGCCAAAAAAUUGUGAUAUGUUUCAGUUUUUUACAGUAUUUAUUUAGGUGUGAUAUUUUUCAUAUUAUAAUAGAACAGGAGUC